UUAGCUUAGAGGCAACAUCACGUUAGCUGUCACCUGAGGACAUCUCCUUAUCAACAUUUUUGUUGUAAUAAUAGAGAGAGAGGGAGAGAAAAAAAUGGAGCUCACUCAAGAAGAUUUUUUAGAAGAAAUAGUUUCUCCAAGGAUAGAAAAUUGGAACAACACUUUUGCAAAUGCAUGGAACAUUGAAUCACCAACUUUUUAUCAACAAAAUCCUGAAUUUAUACCUUCAAAUUCUUCCCUUUUAGACCUCAUAAUGUCUCCUUCACAAUCCAAUUAUUUUCCAUGUCCUGAUUUUCAAGAAUCAUCAUACCCUUUUCUUCAUUCUUUCACUACUACUACCCCACCUCAACUAGUUAUUGAUUCUACCACUUAUAAUAAUAAUAAUAUUCAAGAAAGAGCCAUUAUAGAGGAAGGGCAAAUUGGUCAUUUUUCUACUGAUUUUCAUGGGCAUUAUGAAGACUCAUUUAGUUGUUACAAUAUUAACAAAGUGGUCAAAAUGGAAGAAGCAACUUCAAGAAUUGUGGGAGAAAAAAAGAGUAAAAAUUAUAAAGUGAAGAAAGUAGAAGGACAGCCUUCUAAGAAUCUUAUGGCAGAAAGGAGAAGAAGGAAAAGACUUAAUGACAGACUCUCUAUGCUUAGAUCUAUUGUACCCAAAAUAAGCAAGAUGGAUAGAACAUCUAUACUUGGAGAUACAAUUGAUUAUGUGAAGGAGCUAUUAGAUAAAAUCAACAGGUUGCAUGAAGAAAACGAAAUCAAGGACAUUAAAUUUCUGGGUAAUUUCAAGGGGUUAAAGACUAAUGAAGCACUUGUAAGAAAUCCUCCAAAGUUUGACGUAGAAAGGAGAAAUGAGGAUGAAACGAGCAUAGAGAUAUGUUGUGGAACGAAGCCAGGUUUACUGUUAUCAACAGUACACACAAUGGAAGCAUUAGGGCUUGAGGUUCAACAAUGUGUUGUCAGCUGUUUCAGUGACUUCUCAAUGAGAGCUUCUUGCUCUGAGUCAGUGGAUCAUCGAACAAUUUUAAGUUCUGAAGACGUGAAGCAAGCUCUGUUCAAAACUGCAGGUUAUGGAGGAAGAUGUGUAUGAUUGUUGAGAAUGAUACAUUUUGGUCUCAAAGAAUGUGUUUGAGAGUUUGUUUCUCUUGUUCCAUGAGUAUAGCAAUUAAAUUAAUGUUAAUGAUCUUUCUCAAAUUGAGUUAAUUCCCUUUAUUGUUUAA